GUAGACUUUCAGACAACUUUGUCUCUGCUGAGUAAUGAAAGAAACCCAUCUGCCCAUUUAAUAGUCUCUCUCUCUCUCUCUCUCUCUCUCUCUCUCUCUCUCUCUCUCAAUUACUUGAAGCAAAGAUCUAACAUCAUCAAUCUUGUUAGCCACAACAGCCAUGGACUACGAAUACGGUGGAGGAGAGUACUGCAGGAGAGGAGACGUGCCAGCGUUUGGAAGCUGGAACUGGGACGACGCCGUUCCAUUCACUCAAUGCUUCGAGACAGCAUCCACUCAACAACCUGCUAUUCUCCACUACGCUCCUUACCCUCAAGAUCGCGAUCUUUACCUCGAAAGUGAUCUAUACGAUAGCCACCACCACCUUGUCUCACCCGCGGUGGUCCUUCUCCCUCGACGCAGGUCUAAGGUGGGCCAGGAGCCAAAGAGAGCCACCUCGAAGGAGCAACACAGCUUCAAGAACGAGGCGACGAGCUGUCCAACACCGUUGGAGAAGCGGAGGAUGGCGGCACCGAAGCCAGUGGACGAAGACUUGUACAAGGUGUCCCCUCAACUCCUCUCCCUCAAAUCAACAAAGAAGAAAGGAGGUGGGUUUGGGUGCAUUCCAAGGUGUUUUUUGCCAACAAGCAUGAGAGACUGAUUCAGGGGACACUUUCUUUUCCUUUUUGUUGUUGGUUAUUUAUAAUAGUAUUAAAAACGCAUGCUUGUGAAAUUAUGUAUGUAUUUUUAAAUCAUGCGUGGUUUAAAAGAAGAGAUGGAUUCCAAAAGAUAGGAUAAGCUAAUUUAGUAGUAGCUUUGGGAAAAGCUAACCAUAUUGUA